AUGUUGUGUCCACCCUCUUCUAUUUAUUCUUCUUCCUUCUUCCCCUCUUCUUCUCACCUCUCCCUAGCACAAGGAUUACCCAUAGGCUCGACUUCUCCCCAGUCCCCUCCUCAGCAAGUUACUUCGACUAUUCUCCCUGACGAAAAGGGCGAGGGAGAAGUGAGUGACGCUUCUGACGAAGAAAACAUGAUGCGUCAAUCCGGGCCGAUCAGACCAGAGAAAAAGAACAAAGAAGAAGAGAACAAACUUGUUGAGGUCUCUAGACGCAACCGUACUUGGUAUGGGGAAAAGUUUUCUGCAAAGUUCGUUCUCGAAGACGGUACAACAAUCCCAAACAUCAAAAACCGGACUCUGUGCUUUCGAAUUGAAGGGGUGCCAAUUGACACCAAGGUCACCUUUCUUUUUGAGACUGAUUCUGAUUCCGAUGACGACGACAAGUCCAAAUAUCCAGCACAAGUCAUCUUCAGCAUUGAAUCAAUCCGCAGGCUGGAGCUCAACGCCGUUACAUUCAUUACCAAGCCAGACUAUGCAUUGGUAGACUGUCUUAUCCAAGCAGACGCAUGCGUUCCUGUGAACCUCAGCCAACCUCUCGGGGACAAAGAGCUCGACAAGCUCCGUCUUUACAUGCGACAGCUUCCGAACAUGCAGCAUGCAAUCAAAUUCAAGCUUUACAUCCCGAGAGCUAGUUGGGAAGUCUGCAAACUUUCUGACCAGUUUCGUGACCUGUUCAAUGUCAAGGCUGCCUGGGUACCUUAUCGCAGCGUUGCGAAACGCGUUGUCAUGACGCAAGCCGGGCAGCUCAAGUCGCGUCAAGCUGUCGAGAAAGCAUGGGAUGCCAACACAAUAGUCAAGGUUCCGGCAACCAAUUCAUUCUAUAGCUUAGAUGAAGCUGCUGUCAAACUCGUGUAUGGUGCACAUCUCGAGUACCACGUCUCUAUCCUGCAUGCGCAGCGCCUGAUGGGAGUCUACCAUAAGAUUGUUCUACUGCAAUACGGUGAUUUGUUUCUUGGGGCCGUCUCGUUUGGGAAGUUGCGUGACAAGUUCACUCCGUUUAGUCUUCUGGGCCAGUCUCCCAUUAUUCCAGAUGGCACUGCAUGCACGGUUCUCCUUUCGCACGGCCAUGGCAAAGACAAGAUGCGAGGGGUGACCAUACCCAAAGGCAUUGAUAUCUCAGUUUCGUACGACAUCGUUGUGCUUUUAUUACCGGCAGGAGACAACGAGGCAAACUUUAGUCACGGAAUCGAGCACCAGUACGAUUGCAAACUAGUUUUUAAUGUGAGCGAUGAAAAUUCCAAGUUGCAGAUCAAUGCGGUCAACACUCUUUGCACCGAGAAGUUCGCAAGAUGGCACCCCAUUCUGCUCAAUACCGACUAUGCCAUCCUCCCAUCUGUCAAUAUCUUUCAGGGAAUCCCGCGAGACCGAGUUAGAGCGGAAUACCAGAAAGUCGCAAAAAUGAAAGACUGGAAUAAGAAGCAACACGAUGUCUUCAAUCUGUUGCUCAAGGUACCAGGCAACGGUUUUGCAUUCAUUGAAGGCAUAUUUGGCUGCGGUAAGACUUUGGUGCAGGCGAUCUUGGCGAGGUUAAUUGCCGGAUUGGGCUUGCAGGUUCUCAUGGUGGCCCCAACCAACGCUGCUUUGCAAGCCGUUUCCCAAGUUUUGAGCAAUGACGCCCCCGAGUUGCGAGCCGCCAGACUUGUUUUCAGCGGUGCAGAGUCUCUGAAGACGUUCGAGGUGCAAGAGACAGAGACGCUAGACACCGAGAUGGCGAUGUUUGGUCUUCUUCGGGGCGAAAUAUCAAGCCGCAUCGACCGCUAUCAUGUUGUGGGGACGCACAUGAUGAGUUAUCAUAUCGACAAUCUCGUUAGCACCUGUACAGCCGAAGGAAAAGAGCUUGGGUUCAGUUACCAGGCGAAUCCCAAGUCAGAGCUAAAAGAGUACGAUGCCGUUGCUGAGUACAUGAGACUGAAACACCAGAGGUUUUCCGAAUUGCUCCGCGAAUCUAAGAAUGACGAGCAAAAAAUCGAGUUCAUCAAGAACGAACGUGCUAUCUUCCGCAAAGCAUUAGCUACCUUGGAGUCGACUGUGGUCUCCGGGUUACAAGUACUGUUGUGUACGAACCAACUAGCAGCCUCCGAUCUCGUUCGACACAACUUUGGCGUCGGGACAAACGGCAUUAUCAUCAUCGCGGACGAGGAUGGGCAAGCUUUGGAACCCACGGCAUGGCUCCCGAUCACUCUCUUGAGGCACGCCAAUGAUAUCAAAGCCGUUCUUCGCUUUGGUGACAGGCUCCAGCUUCCCCCCUUGGCACUGUCAUCAUUCUCUGAUUUCAGCGAAUUUGCUCCGCAGAUGAACCGUUCGCUUUUCGAUCGCCACUUGAGACAGCACCCCCCUGCGGUAUCUCUCAACACCCAGUACAGGAUGAUCCCAACUCUCUCGCACUUCCCCAACUUUCACACGUAUCAAGGAAGGCUGGUGGAUGCGCGUAUCUGCAAUUCGAUUACUCUGGAUUCUGUUUUUGAAAGUCGCUUCCUGGAAUGGACCAAAUGUCGCAUUUCCAGCGAUGGCGAGUUGCCGGAAAAUAUCGCCAAUCAUGUCGGGAUUUCUGUAUCCGGCUCUGUUGUCGUUUCUGAUCCUGCUACUUGUUCGCGGUCCAAUGCACACCAUGUCAAAGUUGUCAGGGAGCUGUUGAUGACUGUGUUCAAGGAAGCCCCUUACCCGAAAGCUUCUAUUGCCAUAAUUGUUCCCUACAACGCUCAACGUGCCUUGUACUUCGCCGUUAUCAAGGAUCUACAGUUGCUCACAAAGCUGCCAUACGCAAAGCUCCCUCGUGUGUCCACCGUGGAUUCCAUGCAGGGCAAUGAGUCUGACAUUGUUCUUUUGGAUUGGGUCUGUGGCGAGAGUGAUGGCCUAGGAUUCCUCAAGAAUGAUAGGCGGAUCAAUGUAGGCUUGACUAGAGCACGGGCAAGCCUCAUUGUCUUGUACAACGACAACUUCUCUGGAGCCUUGGCCAGGAAAGCAGAACCAAAGGCCAAAAAGCGCGCUGUCGUUCCGCAGCUUGUCCAGCAUUGGAACCAACUCAAGAGAAAUGGAAGAGUUCUCGGCCUCGACUACGGAGAUGAUGCAAACGCUGAGACUCAUAUUAACUCUGCUGUUGAACCUGGUACAUUGGGCAGUGAGGCGGACUCUCAAGAGUGGACAGUUGAAUCUGGCCCAUGGGAGAGCUCAGAAAUUCUUCAGGAUUUUUCGACCACCAACCAAGAUUCUAAUUGGCACCGGUUAUAUUUCUGA